UCUAAAAUUUUGCAAGAAUGGCUACAAUAAAAAUGCCGCUCACAGAGAACGACUUAUUUUGUGAUGUUGAAGAAGAACAGCAAGUACUUGAAAAUUUGAACCUGGAAGAAAAUGCAGUUUAUCCAGUAGAUGAAUAUUCUGAUGAUAAUUAUGACGAUGAUUAUGACAAUGAAUAUUAUGGUUUUCAUUCCAGUCACACAAACCAACAACAAACUUCAGAAAAAAUUAAUUAUUAUCAACCUAAUGAAAACCUUUUUAAAAAAUACACUCAUAAGAUAAAUGUGGAUAAAUAUGAAGUUAGCUCACUUCCAAAGCACACAACUAACUUACUAUUAGAAAAUCAAAAACGUCAGGAAAAUGAAAGAAAUCGAACUAAAGAUAAACAUGAUAGGGCCACUGCUGAGCAAGUUAUGGAUCCCAGGACAAGAAUUAUUCUAUUUAAGUUGUUAAAUAGGAACUUAAUUUCAGAAAUAAAUGGAUGUAUAUCUACAGGAAAAGAAGCUAAUGUUUACCAUGCUUCCUCAAAAACUGACCAAGAUUAUGCUAUCAAGAUUUAUAAAACUUCUAUUUUAGUGUUUAAAGACAGAGAUAAAUACGUUAGUGGAGAGUUUAGAUUUCGACAUGGCUAUUGCAAACAUAAUCCUAGAAAGAUGGUUAGAACUUGGGCAGAAAAGGAGAUGAGAAAUUUGUCCAGAAUGCAUUCAAAUGGGUUAAAUGUACCUGAACCAAUUCUUUUAAGGUCUCAUGUGUUAGUAAUGACCUUUAUUGGUAAAGAUGGUUGGCCAGCUCCUAAAUUAAAAGAUGUCGAUCUCAGCCAAUCUAGAGCGAGAGAAAUUUACAGAGAAGUCAUUAAGAUGAUGUGGAAAAUGUACAACAAAUGUAAAUUAGUGCACGCCGAUCUCUCAGAAUUUAACAUGCUCUAUCAGAAUGGCCAACUGUUUAUUAUAGACGUUUCUCAAUCCGUCGAACAUGACCAUCCUCAUGCUCUCGACUUUUUAAGAAAAGAUUGCACGAAUAUAACGGAUUAUUUUAAGAAAAAAGAUGUUGCUACACUGAAUAUAAAGCAGUUAUUUGAUUUUAUUACGGAUCCAAGUAUUAAUGGUGAUAAUAUUGAAGAAUGCUUAGAUAUUCUUGCUGAAAAGGCAGGUGAACAGGCGGAGUUGACAUCUAAUGAGCAGGUUGAUGAGGAAGUUUUCAAACAAGCUUAUAUUCCGAAACGACUAACAGAAGUCGUCGAUUUCGAAAGAGACAUAAGUCAAGCAAAGGCCGGUAUUGCAGACAACUUGGUAUACAAAACCUUGGUCGGUUUAAAAUCAGAUCUAAGCGGAACAAUACAAAAACCGGAAAUUCUGGACAACAGCCCACAAAAAUCAAAUAGCAAUAAUUCUGAAGAAAGCGAUAAUGAAGAAGAGUCGGAUUCGGAAGAAGAUGGAAGUAAAUUUGUAGAUUCUUCCCGGCCAAAGGAUGAAACAUUAGAAGAGAAAAAGGCUAGAAAGAAGGCUGUCAAAGAAGAGCAAGCCGAAAAAAGGAAAACAAAGGUGAAAAAAUACGUAAAGAAGAGGAAAGAAAAAGUUUCUAAAAAGUAAUUUCUUUAAAAUCCGAUCUAAAUUAUAUCAAACGUUAUAUUAAAUUUAUUGAAAACACAUGUAUAUAUAU